AUGGCAGAAGCGAAUGCAGCAUGUGUCAGGGCAGCUACUCGUACUGCCAUGCGGGGUUGGCGCGUUGCCUUGGCCACGUUGGACGACCUUCAGACUAGGUCUUUUGUCCCCGAUCAGAUUUGCUAUAGCGCGGCAGUGGCUGCUUGUGCAGGAGCUGGCCGCUGGUUGGAGGGACUGGCACUUUUGCAAUGCAUGCAGAAUGACAAGGUUGAGGCAAAUGAAAGGACAUAUGGGGCUGCAAUCAGCGGAUGCGAGAAGGCUCGGCAAUGGCCAAUGGCCUUGGCUUUGCUGACAGAAGCACAAGAACAGAGGAAAGCAAACAGUUACUGCUACAAUGCCGCCAUAAGUGCCUGUGAGAAAGGGGGGCAAUGGAUCACAGCCUUAGAUCUCUUGCAGCAAAUGCAGUCAAAGAGCUCAGAGCGAGACGUAUUCUCUUUUAGUAGUGCGGCAUCUGCCUGCGAGAAGGGAGGCGCUUGGUCUGCUGCUCUUCAAUUACACGUGAGAAUGCAAGAAGAUGGAGUAGAAAGAAAUGUCAUUAGCUUUGGGAGCCAUUUGGCCGCCUGUGUGGCGGGACAUCAGUGGGGCAAAGCCCUUCAUCUUUUAUCAGCGAUGAAUGGAUGCAGAGUUACACCUAACCUUAUCAGCUACAAUGCCGCGAUGAACGCUUGCGAGAGAGGAGCACGUGGCGAUCUCGCCUUGCUUCUCCUUGAGGACGUGCAGCAUACACUGAAAACACUUGAGCCUGAUGCAACCUUCUACGGAGUCGCCUUGUCAGCAUGCAGGCGUGGCAGCCACUGGCAAAAUGCUCUGCAUCUUGCAGAGCUUUGUCCAGAAGUAGUUGCAGGCAUUUUCACUAUGCAGGCUUGCGAGCGUGGGUUUCAAAGCAUCGCUACUGUAAGUUUCGCAUCGACGUUGCGUCAGCGCGUGGCUGGACCUGCGGAGCUCUACCAGGCAUUCAACGGGAUUGAUGAGCUCGACAAGCACUCUUUUUUGGACAUGCGUACGUUCAUGGCAGUCGCAUCACGCUACUAUCCACCACUUCGACGGUUGAUGAAUCUUGCAGGAGGGCGAAGUUCCCGAGGAUCUACGUGGCGCCUUCAGGAGCCACUGCUAGAGGAACAGCCGACAUUGGGUUGGGUGUUUACCAUGGAGGCCUUGAAACACCUCAACCUCUUGCCAAUCGACGGAACCUUGCGAUCCCUGGGUCAUCUGGGUCAUGCUCGCCUGAAUGUUCGGCGGCUUUUGGGUGCAACGGACGUUCCAGAGGAGGUCGGAAGUCAAGCCAUCACCGUGUGGUUGGCCUUUCAAGUACGGACAACAGGUUUAUGUCAUGAGAGCAUGAAUCGUUGUGUAGCCUUUGGAGCUGCCUGGGAUACCAUGUCCACAGCUCCAAGUGAUUUAGAGCAGCGCUUGGUGCCAGUACUUCGAGAGCAUGACAGGUCGCAACAUGCAGAACGCAAGGCCUUGUUAGCCGUAGCAGCAAGCUUGGGCGAGGAUGCUGACUGUGCAAGCGGCAGAGUCAUCCUGUACGCGAGCCACACCCUUUGCAUCUCUUGCUUGGCUGUUUGCUGCCAGUUUCGCGGAUUGUUUCCGGGUGUUUCUCUACAUGUUCAUAUGGACUUGUGGUCCGAGACAGAGCGCUGGGUUCGAAAAGGAGAGCAGGAAGCCGUUUCAAGCAUCCAAAGGGAUGCAGAAGUUGUUUUCAACUUCCACAGCCUUCACAUCAAACAGUAG